CAGUUUGCAGGUGGCAGAUUCAUUCAGCAACUAAAAGGCUUUCUCUUUCUCCCAAAGAUCUCCAACUGUUGACCCGACUGUCAGAUACUAACUGCUUCAACUUUUCACACAUGAACAAAAUUUGGUUUUGUUUUCUUCAACUCAUUCAUUCAUUUUUAUCACAAACUUUUUAACUUUUACUCUUUCCUUAUAUAGUAUCUUUCCUUACAAUUUCACUCCAAAGGCUUUCCAAUUGUGGCCACCCCAACCAACUACACCACCCGUAAAACAUGGCCACCACCACUACCACAGCCAGCUAGGCCACUGCUACCACCACCACCCCAUGAUCAUCAUCAUCAUCAUCAUCAUCACCACCCCAGGAACAUGUUAGGCCUGCAUAACAUCUUCCUUAUAGCUCCACCACCAUCACAGCAAAAUCAACAACAACCAACCCCACCACCACCACCACAAGCCUUUAACCAAGACUGCAACUUGAGUGACACAAAUUUUUGGACUUUAAGGAAGAGCACCACCCAAGAAUCACCAGUUUGCCAAAAGAAAGAUGGAGUCUUGCAUAGUGUUGAAGAUGGUGAUGGUUGUUUCAAGGUGUGCAGAGACUGUGGGAAUAGAGCAAAGAAGGAGUGUGGAUAUAGUAGGUGUAGGACUUGUUGUAAGAGUAGAGGAUAUGAUUGUGCUACUCACGUGAGGAGCACGUGGGUGCCUGCUGCUAGGAGAAAGGACCGGAAGGUGGUGGUGCUUGGUGAUGAUGAUGGUGGUGGUGGUGGUGGAGGGUCUUCAGGGUCCUCUUCUUGCGGUGGUAAAAGGCCAAGAGUUUUGAAUUCUACAUCAAAUGGUACUUCUAGUUCUAAUGCUGCUUCCAAGUCUUUGAAUUUUGAAGCCGGCACUUCUCAACAGGAUUCAAGAUUCAAAGAAUCAUUACCAGGUCAGGUUCGAGCACCGGCAGUGUUCAGGUGCAUUCAAGUGACAGCCAUUAGUGAUGGUGAAGCAGAGAUUGCUUAUCAGGCUACUGUGAAUAUCAGCGGCCAUGUCUUUAAGGGUUUCCUCUAUGAUCAAGGAGUUGAUGUGAAGAAUGCAUUUCCUUGCAUUUCGAAAGUGCUUUUCGAAAGCAGCAGCAGUGGAAGGGAUAGGGAUUCUUCUUCUCCCAAUGUUGAUCCACCAAACACCUUUGCAGCCUCUGGUGACUGAGGACUAUCAGUUUAAGGUGAUGAACGGGAUUCAACGGUGCCAAUUUUGGUGGAAUGUACAGAUACUCGACUAUGUACAAAGUAUAUGCUUUCCUUUUUUUAACCACUUGAAGAAGUGGGAUGUCAUUUUCUGUUCUAUGGAACCUUGCAGUCAUGGCAGGUACUCCAUCAACUUUUGAUAGUUACAAGCACUGCUAAGUGCUUUUUGCUGUUCUUGAAGCUGGGUUCAGUUGCCUUCAAGCCUUCAGCAACCAAGAGUGUUGGUAUAAAGACUAAAGCUGUCAAUCUACAUAGAACAUUAUACUGAAAGUUCAUUUUCUUUGAUUUUGUAAUGUUAAUUUGAAUGAAAUAUUAGUGUAAGGAUCUUAAGGCAUUGGAAGGUUAAAUUCAAUGUUGUACUUAAUGAGAACAUUUUAAAUAGGUGUAUGUUCUAUGCUUGUUUCUAGCCUGUA